GGGAGAGGCUCCUGCACCCCGAGGUGCGGGCCGGGGAGGGGGUGCCCCGGGAGUCCCCGCCCCCCGGCCCCGCCCCCGGGAAGGUAAGCGCCACCUCUGGGGUGCGGCCGAGAGUGACCGCCGCGCCCGCCCGGCCGCCGCACUCGGGCUCCCGCCGCCGCUGCCGUCCCGCGCCGGCCCCACCAUGCACUCGCUGUUCAGGAAGAGGAACAAAGGCAAAUACAGCCCCACGGUGCAGACGCGGAGCAUUUCCAACAAGGAGCUGUCGGAGCUGAUCGAGCAGCUGCAGAAAAAUGCGGACCAGGUGGAGAAGAACAUCGUGGACAUGGAGGCCAAGAUGCAGAACGACCUGGCUCGUCUGCAGGGGGGGCGGCAGCCCGAGCACAGGGACGAGGUCCUGCAGAAGGUGUCCGACUCGGAGAAGCUGCUCUACGUGCUGGAGGCGGACUCGGCCAUCGCCAGACACAUGAAGCACCCCCAGGGGGACAUGAUCGCCGAGGACAUCCGCCAGCUGAAGGAGCGCGUCGGUGACCUGCGCCAGAAGCACAAGCAGAUCUACAACCUGGUGGGGAAGGAAGUGGACCCCCAGGUCAACUGGGCAGCGCUGGUGGACGAGAAGCUGGACCAGCUGGGCACGCAGAGCUUCGGGACGGACCUGCCGCUGGUGGAGCACCAGGUGGAGCAGCACAACAUCUUCCACAACGAGGUCAAGGCCAUCGGACCCCACCUGGCCAAGUUGCAGAACAGCGAACUGCAGGCCAAGUACCAGAAGCUGCUGGCAGCCUCGCAGGCCCGGCAGCAGCACCUGAGCUCGCUGCAGGACUACAUGCAGCGCUGCACCAACGAGCUCUACUGGCUGGACCAGCAGGCCAAGGGCCGCAUGCAGUACGACUGGAGCGACCGCAACCUCGACUACCCCAGCCGCCGGCGCCAGUAUGAGAACUUCAUCAACCGGAACCUGGAGGCCAAGGAGGAGAGGAUCAACAAGCUGCACAGCGAGGGGGACCAGCUGCUGGCCGCCGAGCACCCGGGGAGAAACUCCAUCGAGGCGCACAUGGAGGCGGUGCAUGCCGACUGGAAGGAGUACCUGAACCUGCUCAUCUGCGAGGAGAGCCACCUCAAGUUCAUGGAGGAUUACCACCAGUUCCACAAGGACAUGAGGGACGCCCAGGAGCUGCUGCGCAAGGUGGACUCGGACCUGAACCAGAAGUACAGCCCCGACUUCCAGGACCGCUACCAGAUCGAGCUGCUGCUGCGGGGGCUGGACGAGCAGGAGAAGGCGCUGGACAAGUACGAGCAGGUGGUGCGGGGCCUGCAGCAGCGCGGCCAGCAGGUGCUGCCCCUCAAGUACCGCCGGGAGACGCCCCUCAAGCCCGUGCCCGUGGAGGCCCUCUGCGACUUCGAGUGUGACCAGGGCCCCAUCUCCAGAGGCUACAGUUACACGCUGCAGAAGAACCACGGGGAGAGCUGGGACCUGACGGACAGCGCCGGCCACAAGCUGACCGCGCCCGCUGUCUGCUUCAUGAUCCCCCCCACCGACCCCGAGGCGCUGGCGCUGGCAGACAGCCUGGCCGGCCAGUACCGCGCCGUGCGGCAGAAGGCGGCGGGCAGCAGGCGCGCACUGGAGCAGCGGCACGACAUGCUGAAGACCCAGAACCCCGGAGACGCUUCAGACCUGCAAGGGCGGCAGCUGCUGGCCGGCCUGGACAAGGUGGUCAGCGACCUGGACCGGCAGGAGAAGGCCAUCACAGGGGUCCUGCGGCCUCCGCUGGAGCAAGGCCAGGCUGUGCAGGACAGUGCCGAGCGGGCCCAGGCCCUCCAGACCCUGUCGGCCGAGCUGCUGCAGAUGGCGCCCGAGAAGGAGCGCAGCACGGCCGAGUGCGAGGACUUCGUGCGGGCGCUCCCGGGCAGCGGCAGCGCGACCCUGCUGCGGACACGGGUGGACGACACCCACCGCAAAUAUGAGCGCCUGGUGAAGCUGCUGGACGCGGCCCGAGAGAAGGUGGAUGCUGCCCACCGCCUGGAGAAGAGCCUGCAGCAGGGCCGGGAGGUGCUGGCCACCUACGAGAACCAGCUGACCCAGGACGACACGGUGCCCGAGGGCAGCCGCGCCCUGGACAGCAAGAGGCAGGAGCUGGCGGACACCGCCGCCCAGCUGCAGGCGCAGAGCAAGCUCCUGGAGGAGGUCGAGCAGAAGCUGCAGGCCGUGAAGCAGUGCUCGGGCGUGCUGGCCAGCGGCUUCCAGGAGCACUGCCCGGACCUGGAGCGGCAGGAGGCCGAGGUGCACAAGCUGGCCCAGCGCUUCGACAACCUCCGGCAGCAGGUGGCACGCAGGGCCCAGAGCCUGCAGAGCGCCCGGGCUGCAUAUGAGGAGUACUGCAGCGGCCGUGACCACAUGCUCCAGUUCCUGGGCAGCAUCCCCAGCUACGAGCCGCAGGAGACGGACAGCCUCGGCCAGGUGGACACCAAGCUGAAGAACCAGAAGAACCUGCUGGAUGAAAUGGCCAGAAGGGAAGAGGAGGUGCAGAAGGUCUACGGCCAGGCCCAGAUGUACCAGCAAGCCGUCAAGGACUACGAGUUAGAAGCGGAGAAACUCAGGUCUCUUCUUGACUUGGAGAACGGAAGGAACAGCCACAUGAGCAAGAAAGCCAGGCUCCAGUCUCCUGCCACCAAAGUGAAGGAGGAGGAAGCAGCGCUUGCUGCCAAGUUCACUGAAGUCAACGCCAUCAACAGACAGAGGCUGCAGAACCUGGAGUUUGCUCUGACCCUCCUGAAACAGCAGCCCGAGGCAGGCAUGGCCCGUGAGAGCCUGCAGGGUAGCCGGCCGGGCUCCGGCAUGGACGAGACGUGGAAGAUUCAGAAGGAGCUGGAUGAGGAGACGGAGCGGAGGCGGCAGCUGGAGAAGGAGGUGCAGAGCGCCCAGGAGGAGAUCCGGAGCCUGCAGGGCCAGGGCCCGCAGGAGUCGGUGGUGACACAGGAGGUGCUCAAGAAGCUGCCGGACCCCGCGCUGGAGGAGAGCCUGCAGCAGACGCAGCGCAGCCUGGCGGAGGAGCGGCACAAGAACCAGCUGCUGCAGGACGAGCUGGAGGCGCUGCGCCGGCGGCUGCGCGGCCUGGAGCAGGAGGCCAGGGACGGGGGCCAGGAGUACGUGGUCAAAGAGGUGCUGCGCAUCGAGCCCGACCGGGCGCAGGCCGACGAGGUCCUCAAGCUGCGGGAGGAGCUGGAGGAGCUGCGGCGGCAGAAGGGCACCCGCGAGGCCGAGGUGGCGCUCCUGCAGCAGCGCAUCGCGGCGCUGGCGGAGGAGAAGAGCCGGCCACAGGAGAAGGUGACGGAGAAGGAGGUGGUGAAGCUGCAGAACGACCCCCAGCUGGAGGCCGAGUACCGGCAGCUGCAGGAGGAGCAGCAGCGCGAGGGCGCGCUCCGGGAGAAGCACGAGGAGGAGCUGAGCUUCCUGCAGGACAAGCUGCGGCGGCUGGAGAAGGAGCGGGCCAUGGCCGAGGGCAAGAUCACCGUGAAGGAGGUGCUCAAGGUGGAGAAGGACGUGGCGGCCGAGAGGGAGGUGGGCGAGCUCCAGCGCCAGUGCGAGGACGAGGCGGCCAGGACGCGCAGCAGCCAGCGGGAGAAGACGGAGCUGCUGCGGCGGAUCUGGGCCCUGGAGGAGGAGAACGCCAAGGUGGUGGUGCAGGAGAAGGUUCGGGAGAUCGUGCGGCCCGACCCCAAGGCCGAGAGCGAGGUGGCCAACCUCCGCCUGGAGCUGGUGGAGCAGGAGCGCAAGUUCCGGGGGGCCGAGGAGCAGCUCAAGAGCUACCAGGCCGAGCUGGAGGCGCUGCGGCGGCGGGGCCCCCAGGUGGAGGUCAAGGAAGUGACCAAGGAGGUCAUCAAGUACAAGACGGACCCCGACAUGGAGAAGGAGCUGCAGCGGCUGCGGGAGGAGAUUGUGGACAAGACCCGGCUCAUCGAGCGCUGCGACCUGGAGAUCUACCAGCUCAAGCAGGAGAUCCAGGCCCUGAAGGACACCAAGCCCCAGGUGCAGACCAAGGAGGUGGUGCAGGAGAUCCUGCAGUUCCAGGAGGACCCCCAGACCAAGGAGGAAGUGGAGAGCCUGAGGGCGCGGCUGUCAGAGGAGCAGAAGAAGCAGGUGGACCUGGAGCGGGAGCGGCUCUCUCAGGAGGAGAAGAUCAGGCAGAAGGAGGAGGAGCUGUCGCAGGUGCGAGAAAGGGUGGUGCAGCAGGAGGUGGUCCGCUACGAGGAGGAGCCGGACCUGCGCUCCGAGGUGGACGCCUUCACGCAGAGCAUCGACGUGGAGCUGCGGCAGAUUGACACGCUGCGCGGGGAGCUGCGGCGGCUGCAGCGGCGCCGGGCCGAGCUGGAGCGGCAGCUGGAGGAGCUGGAGUGCGAGCGGCAGGCGCGCCGGGAAGCCGAGCUGGAGGUGCAGCAGCUCAAGCAGCGGCUGGCCGACCUGGAGAAGGAGGAGGGGGAGGCCCGCGAGAAGGUGACCCUCAAGCAGAAGGUGGUGCUGCAGCAGGACCCCCAGCAGGCCCGCGAGCACGGGCUGCUCAAGCUGCAGCUGGACGAGGAGCGGCACCGGCGCCAGGUCCUGGAGAGCGAGCUGGAGACCCUGAAGCAGCAGCUGGACCGCCUGGAGAAGAUGGAGGUCAAGGAGAAGGUGGUGUUCUCGGAGAGCGUGCAGGUGGAGAAGGGGGACACGGAGCAGGAGAUCCGCAGGCUCAAGAGCAGCCUGGAGGAGGAGAGCCGCCACAAGCGGGAGCUGGACGCCGAGGUGGGCCGCCUGGAAGCCAGGCUGUCGGAGCUGGAGUUCUCCAACUCCAAGUCGUCAAAGGAGCUGGACUUCCUCCGGGAAGAGAACCACAAGCUCCAGCUGGAGCGGCAGAACCUGCGGCUGGAGACCCAGCGGCUGCAGUCAGAAAUCCAACUGGCCGCCACGGAGACGCGCGACCCGAGGCCCGUGACGGCGGCGGGCGCGGGGCCCCACCUCGACUCCAGAGUGUGGUCCCUGGAGCGGGAACUGGACGACCUCAAGCGGCUCUCCAAGGACAAAGACCUGGAGAUCGACGAGCUGCAGAAGCGCCUGGGCUCGGUGGCCGUGAAGAGGGAGCAGCGCGAGAACCACCUGCGGCGCUCCAUCGUGGUCAUAGACCCCGACACGGGCCGGGAGCUGUGCCCCAAGGAAGCCCACCGCGCCGGGCUCAUCGACUGGAACAUGUUUGUGAAGCUCAGGAGCCAGGAGUGCGACUGGGAGGAGAUCUCAGUGAAGGGUCCCAACGGAGAGUCCUCCGUGAUCCACGACAGGAAGUCUGGCAAGAAGUUCUCCAUCGAAGAGGCCCUGCAGAACGGCAGGCUGACGCCCGCGCAGUAUGACCGCUACGUCAACAAGGAUAUGUCCAUUCAGGAGCUGGCUGUCCUGGUGUCCGGGCAGAAGUAGCGCAGUCCUCCUCCGCUGCCUGGGGAACACUCGCUGCCCUUCAAACUUCCUGGUGUGUCUUCUUCUCCCGGGCCCCAUGAAGGCUCUGGCCUGGAUUAUUCUCCCUCUCCCCCCCGGCCCCUCACCCGACUCCCAUCAGGCUCAAGAUUCGCUCACCGACAAGCCCGAUCGGGAACAGAUAACUCCUCUCGACCAUCCAGCUGGCCAGCGCACGGUGCCCGCCCUCCAACCCCUUUCCCGCCAGCAACCGGGAAGCUACAGCCAAAGACAACAGAGCGCGCACCCUCACAGCUUCCAGUGCCCGCCUACGCCCAGCAGACAAACGCCACGCCCCUUCCUGCCUAUCCCAGCACCCCCUCCCGGGCCACCCACCAGGACGAUGGCUAGGGGUCUGCGUUCCCUCAGAGGGCUCCUUGGUCCCAGGAAAGGCAGAGUGUGGCCCGGUGCAAGAGCGGAGCCGCCUGCCAGCCCUCAGAACAGAGGGGCUGCUUGGCCCCGCCUGCAGUGCCUUACCAGCCCCACUUGGUAUCUUACUGGUAUUUAGGUAAAUUUUGUUUUAUUCACUGAAAUAAUCUUUGGGUUCUCUGGAUCUCAUUUAUGUAUCAUGUAAGAAAUGGGAAAUAAUAGGGAACUAUUUAUAGCACAAAAAUAAACCCCCGGUGGCUUGA